AACUAACAGCAACUCACGAUGAUAAAGGGUGGACAUUUUCUCUCUCCUAAAUACAGCUCAGAAAGAUGAUUCUUUGGUAUGACUCAAUAACCAAUUUAGCCCCAACCGUUGAAUCCAGCGUAGACCCUGUCUCUCUCUCUCUGUCUCUCCUCCAUUUCUGAGAAGGUGAGGAAAGAAAAAAAAAAAACUCUUCGAUUCGAUCUCUUCCGGCCAUUUACACGUUCGAAUCAAUCAAUCAAUCAAUGCCUUUCUCACCAACCCGUUUGACUAAUUCAUUUGAUCCCUCACAAAGAUCAAGAGACAAAAUCCCAGAAACCUCAGAUUCAGACACAAUCAUCCUUGAUUCCUCAAUAGCUGCUAAUGUCGUGUACACGCAAAUUUGAUAUCUUUUGGACCAAACCCAUUUGACCCAUUUCUCUAAAAUCCUCAAACACAAAAAUCCGAGUACCAAAAACACCCAGAUUCAAAAAUUUAGAAACUUUUUCCCCAGACCGAUUUCUAUGGUUCCCAAAUCUCACAAGAUUCUGAAUCAGUCUGAAGAACAAAGAGAAAUCAACCAUUUGGGAACAAACCGAUUUGACCCAAUUGGUUGACUUUACAUGGGAGCUAGAGAUCACAGGAACCCAGAUUCAAAAAACCAUACCUAUGCCUAAACCCUAGCUUUCAUAGCUGAAAAUCAAUCAUCUGGGGUUGGACCCAGAUGCAAGAAAAGACUUUGGAAUCUAAUCCAAACCCUGAAGUUAGAUAAAUUUAUAAUUUUUUUUUUUUUUUUUUUCAUUGUUGUUCCAUGGAACAACCAUCAUUACCACCAACAACCUUGGUGUUCCUAGUAUUUGGCUUUGCCAUUAGUAUCCUUGCAUUCUAUGUCGAGUCCCAAUCACCAACUGAUUCGAACUCUCUUUCACCUCAACCACCUCCACCACCUCCACCUCCACCACCUCCGCCAUCAUAUCCACCUCCUUCUCCUCCUCCGCCGCCGCCUCCUCCGCCGCCUCCACCUCCAUUAGGUUUGACAGAUCCGCCGCCUCCUCUGCCACCUCCAUCUCCAUUAGAUAAGACAGCUCCGCGGACUCCAUCGGCAGCUCUACCGCCUCCAGUACUGCCACCACGACAGAACCAUAAAUUUAACCAAAAUCCCGUUCCCCCAGAUCUACGUUCAUACGCAAGGCAUAAACAGAAGACUCUCAAUCGUGGGAAGAAGAUUGGAAUAUUGUUUAUGGUUAUCGCCACAAUCCUCCAAAUUGGUGUGGUGGGAUUCUUGAUUUUCAAGAGAAGGCAGCUCCUGAAGCUCAAGGACACAUUUUAGACUUGUAAUUGGAUUGAAAAAUUGGAAAAUUUUUUAAGGUCAUGUUGGAGUUUUACUCUCACCAAUUCUUUUAUUCCAAGCGGCACAGCGUUGUAAUUUUUUUGGAGGACGUGAAUGGCGGAUUCAUUGGAGCAUCGGGCAUUUGUAAAUGGGUAAUUGUUGAUUUGGAAAAUUUUCUUUCACUUUGUUUAUUAAUUUGUUCUUAUUGGUUUAAAGUACACGGCUUAUAAUUGAUAGAAGGAGAAACCCUUUUGCCCUUUGUUGUUGAGCUCAUUAGUUUCAUGUUAAAUUCUGCUAACUUGUGUGAAUGUAUAACAAUGUCAGGAUCGUGGAAAUUUUACAAUGACAAUUUUUAGUGUUAUUUCUUCAA